AUGCGAGAACAAAAUAAAACCAUGAGUUCUGGAAUUUAUUCUAAAGCUGGGAAUCCUUCCAAGAGGUUGUCAAUAGCCAAAUGUUUAACUCUUCAAAGUUCUGGUUUGAUGAAGCCGUUAGUCAUCCAGCGCUCUUUGACUACUUACUUCAUGCAAGCACUGGAGCUCAGCCUGCACAAAGAUGUUCAAGCUGUACACAGCGGGGCUGUCAAUGACCUGGACAUUGAUGCCACAGAACACAGAUACUUACUUUCUGGUGGAUCCGACGGCUCCUUGGCCGUUCACGAUUUGCAGGAUUUGAGAGAUGAUGAGCACAACAAUGGCUUGCUGGGCUCAAAAAAUUACAAACUAGUUUGCUCCAUCUCCGCCGGAAACAGAAAUGCACACAAACGGAGCAUAGAGACGGUCCAGUGGUAUCCUUUGGAUACAGGUAUCUUCACCUCAAGUGGAACAGAUAGGGUCCUAAAGAUUUGGGAUGCUAAUCUUCUGAAGACUGCGGAGGAAUACGAGUUCAGUGGUGUUGUACACUGUCAUGACAUGUCAACAAUUGCCACCAAGCACAACUUCAUUGCUGUGGGAACUGACAGCUCUGUGGUCAAACUAGUUGACCCCCGGGCUGGGUCAGCGAUUCAUUCACUUCGUGGUCACAAAGAGGGAGCAGUCAGAGCUGUACAGUGGUCAAACAGAGAUGAAUUUAUCCUGGCUACAGGAGGGAUUGACAACUUUGCAAUGCUGUGGGAUGUUCGAACUGCCAAAGGAUGCUUGAGAAAGUUUCAAGGCAACAAAGGGAAAAAGAAAUCUGGAUAUACGCCAGAUACCACACAUGAUGGAUCUGUCAACGGGUUGGCCUUCACAGCGGAUGGCCUUCACCUGACAACCAUCGGAACUGAUCAAAAACUGUACAUGUGGGACACAUGGACAGGCAAAAAGAUUCAGACACGAUUUCCGCCUCUGAGCAACAUUAAAAAACGUUCAGUGAAAUUCUGUUUGACCAAAGGAGGGUCAGAAAACUUCGCUUUUAUCCCAACCGGUUCCAGCAUCACAUCUUUCAACGUGUGGACGCCAGGAAAAGCUUCACAUCUCUAUGGGCACUACAACAGUGUCAACUGUUGUGUUUACCACGAGCAAGGGAACCAGUUGAUUAGUGGGGGUAAUGACCAGAGAAUUCUGGUGUGGACCCGAUGUGGGGAUAGAGAUUAUGAUGAGUAUCUGUGUGAGAAGAGGGCAGCCAUGAUAGAGAAGAGGACUAGAAGGGAGGAGGCUGAGGUGGAACCGCUGGAGCCUCAGGUUCCUUUGCCUGAAGCUGUGGCUCAGACUUUAGAUACCUGGAGUGAUGAUGAUGAUGAUGAGAAGGGAACAUAA